AAAGAACAAAGGAAAAAAAUUAGUAAAUUUAGUAACGACUAGGCUUAGUUAAAUAGUAACCUAGAAAAUGAAAAAAAAAUUAAAAUAAACCAAGACCAAAAUCUGAAUGGGGUCCACUAUAGAGCGGCUAUAAAUACACAAUCUUGCUUUUCACAGCCCAAAGUGUUUCAUCUUCUCUCCCACCAAAAGGCGCUCCCACUCGGCACCUCCUCCCCUCCACUCCCCUCCCCUCCCACACACUUCCUACAUUUGUUCACUUCACACAGACCAUUUCACAACACACGCCACCUGCAUUCCAUAUCUCAUCCGAUUCCCCGCCCACUUCCGAUUCACAAUGGUCGACGUCGAUCGGAGAAUGACCGGCCUCAACCCGGGUCACGUAGCCGGCCUUCGCCGCCUCUCCGCCCGAGCCGCCGCCGGCCCACCAACCCCAACAACCGCCGCAAAAUCCACUCUUCCCGUACGGAACGGCCUUCUUUCCUUCUCCUCUUUAGCUGACAACGUCAUAUCCCACCUCAAAAGCUCCGGUUUCCAGGUCCAGCCGGGUCUAUCCGAAUCCGAGUUCGCCCGGGCUGAAGCGGAGUUCGGCUUCGUAUUCCCUCCAGACCUCAGAGCCAUUCUCUCAGCCGGGUUGCCCGUCGGCCCCGGUUUUCCCGACUGGAGAGCCGCCGGUGCCCGCCUCGGUCUCAAGGCCUCGCUCGACCUCCCGAUCGCUGCGAUUUCGUUCCAAAUCGCAAGGAACACCCUCUGGUCCAAAUCCUGGGGUCUGAGACCGGCCGACCCGGAAAAGGCCUUGCGGGUCGCGAGAACUGCUUUGAAGAGAGCCCCGCUGCUGAUACCAAUUUUCAACCAUUGCUACAUUCCGUGCAACCCCUGUUUGGCGGGGAACCCCAUCUUCUACGUCGACGAGAAUCGGAUCUUCUGUUGCGGCUUGGAUCUAUCCGAUUUCUUCGAGCGCGAGUCUCUGUUUCGGAAAUCGGAGACCGACCCGUAUAUCCUUAAGAAGCAAAGAUCCGUGAGCGAGAAAUCGGCCGGGUCGUCUUCGAAUUUCUCACGGCGGAGCCUGGACACUGGUUUCGGUUCCGGAACCAAAACCCCUAGAUGGGUCGAGUUCUGGAGCGAUGCCGCCGUGGAUCGUCGCCGGAGGAACUCAAACUCUUCGUCGUCGUCGUGCUCUUCUCCGGAAAGGUUCUUCGAUAUGCCGUCGAGGUCCGAAAUCCCGAAAUGGGUGGACGAGUACAUUGAUCAAAUCGGGUCGGCUUUGAGACAUGGCGGGUGGAGCGAUACGGAUAUAUCGGAGAUGGUUUCGGUAUCCGCGUCUGGGUUUUUCGAGGGAGAGAUGGUUAUGUUGGACAACCAAGCGGUACUCGACGCGCUGCUGCUCAAAGCGGAUCGGUUCUCGGACUCGCUCCGAAAAGCCGGGUGGAGCUCCGAGGAAGUUUCGGAGGCUUUGGGCUUCAAUUUUCGACCCGAGAAGGAGAGGAAACCGGCUAAGAAGCUGUCUCGGGAGCUCGUGGAAAAGAUAGGGAAACUGGCCGAGUCGGUUUCCCGGUAAUAUUUUCAUUUUACUAUUCUUAUUUUUCUCUGGGAAAAUUGAAAGGGUCAUGGGGCCUCGGGUUUCUGGAUUUGGGUUUCCCCAUCGGGUUAAAAAAAAAUCAAAUACAUAGGGGGACGCGUUUGUACUAUGAAACAGAGCCUAUAAGUAAGAAAACAAGAUGAAAGAGUUGCAAUUACAAGGAAAUAAUAUAGACAUAAAUAAUUGAUAAUCCUAUGUUUUUAGACCAAAUUAUGGUUUCUGUAAUUAUGUUGUUGCCCUAAUUAUGUGGAUACAGCUCAUACUUACUGAUACUGGUGGGUUUUAUUUAGUUGUACAAAAACCAAAAUAAUAUUUACGUAUCUUUAUUAUUA